CCGCACGGACCACUCGAGGCGUCAACUUUGGAGGGGUAUGGCCGUGGAUUGACACCAGCACUCCGCUUUUCAGAGCAAUUCGUGGCGCAAAACAUCAUCGGCGCCAUGGCAGAUCCCAUUGAUAGCGCCCUCGACCUACUCCGCCGCCUCAACCCUAAAGACGUCAAAUCAAACGUCGACCACCUCAUCAGCCUGAACCCAGACCUCACCGAAGACCUGCUAGAAUCCGUGGAUAUUCCGCUUACGGUCAAGAAAUGCCCCAAGACAAAACGCGACUUUCUGUGCUGCGACUACAACCGCGAUGGCGACAGCUGGCGGAGUCCGUGGAGCAACGAGUGGGUGCCGCCCGUUGACGAGGGGGAGGGUGUAGUACCUAGUGAUCGGAUCAGAAAAAUGGAGAUUAGGGCAAACGAGGCCUUUGAUGUGUAUCGGGAGCUAUAUUUCGAGGGCGGCAUCUCAAGUGUCUACCUCUGGGAUAUGGACGACGGCUUCGCAGGCUGUAUCCUGCUAAAGAAGGCCGUCUCACCCAACCCCCAGUCCUCCGGCAGCUGGGACAGCAUCCACGUCUUCGACGCCCAGGACCGCGCCCGCACCGCACACUACAAACUCACGUCCACCGUCAUCCUCUCUCUCGGCACCGAUUCGGACGCCCUUGGCGGCAUGGACCUCUCGGGAAACAUGGUACGUCAAGUGGAAUCCGACAUGGCUGUCGACGACGACACCUCACACGUCGCCAACAUCGGCAAGAUGGUCGAGGACAUGGAGCUUAAGAUGCGGAACCUGCUGCAAGAGGUGUACUUCGGCAAGGCAAAGGACGUGGUCGGCGACUUGAGAAGUAUCCCGCCACUCAGUCAGACGAAUAGGGAUAGGGCAACACAGAAGGAGAUGAUCAGUGGCAUUUCUAGGUGACGGGAAGGAUGCAACGAUGGGACAAGGCGGAGAAGUUAUGUCUACCAAUAUCAAAUAUACAGCCGUUUGGUGUCUUCCACUAGCCCAGACACCGUUCACGUCACCUGCUGGACUAGCCU